AUGAUAGCAGCGCUAAACGGAUUAGACUUGCAAUGCGCGGAUAUUCAAAACGCAUUCCUCACUGCACCAGCGAUCAAAAAGUGCUACCUGGUAGCAGGACCCGAGUUUGGUGAAGAAGAAGGCAAAGUAUUUAUCGUAAGAAGAGCAUUAUAUGGCUUGAAAAGUUCAUCCGCAGCAUUCAGAUCACACCUGGCGGAGACUUUGGAGGAUUUGGGCUUCAGCUCGUCAACUGCCAACCCAGACGUUUGGAUGCGAGCGGCAGUGAAACCUGACGGCAAGGAAUACUACAAAUACAUCCUUUGCUACGUCGACGACAUCCUAUGUAUGUCAACGAAAGCCAAAGAAAUGAUGGAAGGAAUUGGAAGGGUGUUCAAGUUCAAGAAAGGGAAGAUUGAACCUCCAGAAAGCUACCUGGGAGCUAGGUUACAAAAGAAGACUUUGGAUGGACACAACAUGUGGACGAUGUCAAGUUAUGACUACGUCGUGGCAGCAGUCAAAAAUGUCAAGGAAACAUUAAAGCACAGUCCAAAAUGGAAAAUGCCCAAGAAUGCACCAACGCCAAUGACUAGUGCCUAUGAACCGGAGAUGGAUGGAUCAAGCGAAUUAGGAUGA